AUGACAAAACUUGGUAUCAUUUUCCAUCAGUUCCAACAAGAUUUAACCGAAAAGGAGAAAGAUUACUUCAGUAGAUUUGACUGCAAAACCAGCAACUUUUGUGGACUUCCCAAAAUCCACAAAAGUGAAGCCAUAAACAAAGCCUGUAGUAAAUCAACUUCUUUAGUCUUAAAUAUUCCACAUCCAAGAGAUCUCAAAAUGAGACCAAUUGUGGCUGGUCCCUCAUGUAAGAUAUACAGACUUAAAAAUUUUGAAAGUAAUGGUUCCAUCAAGGAUGACCAACACAGUGGUCGCCCAACUUUGUACAACAAAGGAGAGUUUCAGGCUGCAGUUAUGAAAGAGAUUUAUGAUAACACCCUGACAUCUGCCUGCCAAAUUGCAAGCCAACUUGCUGACCAUCCAGAUUUUCAUUUUGUGAAUGUGAUAUCUCGAGUGGAAAGUUUCUGCACACAUAAAGAACUUUUUGAUAUUUUUAAUGAUCAAGGAGUGUCCGACUACCUUGUUGUAUAUUGGAGGUUGUUAGCAUCUGGUUACUUACAGAGACAUGAAGAUUUUUUUAGUAAUUUUGUUGAAGGUCACAGAACAGUAAAAGAAUUUUGUGGACAGGAGGUUGAACCUAUGGGAAAAGAAAGUGACCAUAUUCACAUAACAGCACUGACAUCUGCUGUUGGUAUUCCUGUUCGAGUAGAAUACAUGGACCGUGGUGAAGGUGGUUCUGUCAAUCACCAUGACUUUCCUGAAAACUCCAAACCUACAAUUACACUUUUAUAUAGGCCUGGCCAUUAUGACAUUUUAUAUUGAGACAAUUUUUCCAUUUAACUUGUAAUUUAUCUGCUAUAAAACAGAAGCUCCCAUCCCUAAAGAUAAAUGUCAUCAAUAGCUGGAGCAGCUGAAAGAUUCAUCACUUCUUUUCAUCAUUCUGCUUCUUUAUUUUCUUUACUGUUGUUACAACAGCCACCAGAUCAAGAUUUUUCCCUAUACUUACUAGGUGUAAUUCUUUUCAUUCUUCAGUGUUUUUUAUUUCUACCCAUUUUAUAAACAUUAAAAAUAAAAUUGCUGAUAUUAGACUUAUUAAUUCAAGUAAAAUACAAAUUAAUUUCUUUGAAUAAAAUGAAAGAAAAGUUAAUAAAACAGAUAGCUUUAAUAUUUUUUUCUGAUAAGUAGAAUGGCAAAAAAAAAGUGCCUUGCACUCUCCAUCAUUUCAUUCACCCUUUAAAUAAAAAGGAUUUUUCGGCUCUUUGUGUCAUGAUACUCA